CGCGCCUCCAGUUGCGCCGUCCAAAACUUUUACAGCGCUGCGGCAGAGGAGAAGGAAGGCAACAAGAUGGCUACCGGCGCCAAGUCCAGCGCGAAGGCGCCUCGGCAGCCACAUAACAAAGAAGCUCGCUCACUAAAGAGGAAACGGGAACAGGAAGACCUGGGAAAGCUGCAACAAGCCGUCAACGACUUUGAUCCCAAAGCAACACCACCAAAUGGAUUCGCCGACCUCCCGCUCUCGGAGCCUACCGCCCGCGGCCUGCGCGACUCGCACUUCGAGACCUUGACCGACAUCCAGGCCCGCGCCAUUCCCCUGGCCCUCAAGGGCUCCGACAUCCUCGGCGCCGCCAAGACCGGGUCCGGCAAGACCCUCGCCUUUAUAGUGCCACUGCUGGAGAAGCUGUACCGCGAGAGAUGGACAGAGCUGGACUCGGUGGGCGCCCUAGUGCUGAGCCCGACGCGCGAGCUGGCCGUGCAGACCUUUGAGGUGCUGCGCAAGGUCGGCCGCCACCACUCCUUCUCGGCCGGUCUGGUCAUCGGCGGCAAGUCGCUGCGCGAGGAGGCCGAGCGCCUGGGGCGCAUGAACAUCCUCAUUUGCACCCCCGGGCGCAUGCUGCAGCACCUCGACCAGACCGCUGGCUUCGACGUCGACUCGCUGCAGAUGCUGGUUCUCGACGAGGCCGACCGCAUCAUGGACCUCGGUUUCCAGAGCGCCGUUGACGCCCUGGUCGAGCAUCUGCCGCGCGACCGCCAGACGCUGCUCUUCAGCGCCACCCAGAGUCGCAAGGUCUCGGACCUGGCCCGCCUGAGCCUCAAGGAGCCCGAGUACGUCGCCGUCCACGAGGCCGCCGCGGCCGCGACCCCCGCAACACUACAGCAACACUACAUCGUCACGCCACUGCCAGAAAAGUUGGAUACGCUGUGGGGCUUCAUCAAGGCGAACUUGAAAAGCAAGAUGAUUGUGUUUCUGUCGUCAGGCAAGCAGGUCCGCUUCGUCUACGAGAGCUUCCGUCAUAUGCAGCCAGGCAUGCCGCUGCUACACCUCCACGGGCGACAGAAGCAGCUGGCACGACUCGAGGUGACAUCGCGGUUCGGGUCCAUGAAGAACGCCUGCCUCUUCGCCACCGAUGUUGUGGCCCGCGGCGUGGACUUCCCGGCCGUCGACUGGGUUGUCCAGGUGGACGCCCCCGAGGACGCCGACACCUACAUCCACCGUGUGGGGCGAACUGCGCGCUACGAAAGCCAAGGCCGCGCCGUUCUUUUUCUGGACCCGAGUGAGGAGAAGGGCAUGGUAGCGAGGCUAGAGCAGAAAAAGGUCCCGAUACAGAAAGUGCACGUCAAGGAUAAAAAGAAGAAGAGCAUACAGGAGGAGCUCCAGAGCAUGUGCUGGAAGCAACACGACGUCAAGUACCUGGGCCAAAAGGCCUUCAUCAGCUACGCGCGCUCAGUGCACCUGCAGAAGGACAAGGAGAUUUUCAAGUUCAAGGAGUUGGACCUGGAAGGGUUCGCCAAGAGCAUUGGCCUCGCUGGCGCGCCGCAGAUCAAAUUCCAAAAGGGCGAGGACGUCAAGAGGUUAAAGAAUGCAGCCCGGGCGGGCAUGUCGAGCGGCUCCGAGUCGGACGAGGACGGCGAGGGGCUCCAAGGCGGCACGAAAAAGAAAAAGAAGGACGAGGUCAGGACAAAGGCACAAAAGAUGUUUGAGAGACAAAACCAGGACGUGUUGUCCAAGCACUACAGGGACCUGGUGGAUACUGGAGGCAACGACGACGAAGACGGUGACUUUCUCAAGGCCAAGCGAGUUCUCCGCGGCGACGAGCUGGACGAGGCAGCAGGCGAGGGUGGCGGCAUUGUCGCACUGCCAGCCAAAGUGGUACAGCUGGGCAAGAACACCCAGCUGGUACUUGACUCGAAGCGGCGCGAGAAGCUUCUCAAGUCCAAGAAACAACUGGCCAAGUUCAAGGACAAGGGCACAAAACUGGUAUUUGACGACGAAGGAAACGCACAGCCGGUCUACCAGCUGCAGGACGAGGACGAUUUCAAGCAACAGGGCCCUGUGGACAAACUCCGAGAAGAGUUUGUCAGUGCCGAAGCGGACAAAGUGCGCGAGGCCGACCUGGACGACAAGGCGCUAGCCAAGCAAAAGCGGCGCGAGAAGCGCCUCAAACAGAAGGCGAGGGAGCGGGGCGAGGCUGGGGAGUCAGGCCCGCGGGUGGCGGCGGACUCGGGGGACGAAGGGGAGGACCCGCUCGAGCUGCUCAGGUCAUUGCCCAUGGCAGGAGAAGCAGGUGCCGAGGACGGCGGCUCUGGCUACGGCUCGGACAACGCGCCGCCGAAAAAGAAGGCCAAAAAGUGGUUCCAGAAAGAUUCAGACGACGAGGGGGGCAAGCCCAAAAGGGGCAAGGGCAAAGUUAUCGAGAUGGACCACGAGCCCGACACUCUGGAGGACUACGAGGCGCUGGCUGCAGGGCUACUGGCCGACUAGUGGGAAGCCGCCGUCGCUUUGUUUUCUGUCUGUUGUCGUCUUUGUGUGGGCUUUUCUUUGCAUGUCUCAACAUACCCCCCUGGUUUUCCCAAUGCCAAUGUAAUGCGUGCACUAGUGGGACGGCUCUCUCUGAUGUGACGUGGCCGCGAGUCUCAUGCGAUGUGAC